AAGAAACGGUAGCUUCGAUGCUGAUAUACCCCGAAGACGUGCCAAAUGCCAUCGCGGAGCUUGAGUUUCAAUUUGGUCGGCCAGACCUCUUGGUAAGAAGUCAGCUAAGCAAAAUUCACCGGUUUCCGAACAUAGCUGAAAACAAGCAAAAUGUGAGCACCACCUAAAUAAUACUACACUUUUAGAGCAACUCGUAACCAAGCUACCACCCAGCAAGCAGUAUGAGUGGACCAGGCAUGCAGUGAAUAUAAAGCCGUACGCUACAAUUAAAGAAUUUUCACAAUGGUUAAGUGACCUUGCCCUAGUUGUCUGCCUAAUGCCACCGUCAACCGCAGUUGUGAGAAGCCAGCAGCCAACGCCACAUCAACAGCCAUCUCGUCGUGUAAUGGUAGUCGGCAGUGAGCGUCAACAGGAUCACGCAGUCAGUUUUAAGUGUUAUGUGUGCGAUGGGGCACACUCGAUUAGUGAUUGUCAAACUUUCAAUGAGUCAAUGAGUGUUCGUGAUCGUUGGGAAAAGGUGAAAUCCCUGCAGCUUUGUUUCUCGUGUCUGUGUAAAGGACACAACACAUCUAACUGCCGUUCAAAAAAGUUUUGUGACGUUAACGCCUGCCGCCGCUAUCAUCAUCGAAGUUUACAUGAAGCCUCGAGUUCAAGUUUUGCGGCGUCCGCAGCACAAAGUCGCGCUGCAACUCAGCCUGUACUUAAUUGCAGAGAAGCCAAACAUCGAAAUAGCCAGUUUUUUAAAUAUGUGCCAGUAUCGCUAUUCGGACCGAACGGUAAAGAAGACGUUUAUGCCAUGGUUGAUGAAGGAUCAGCUAUAUCACUACUAGAAGAUAGCGUAGCCACAAGAUUGCGUCUCAAAGGACGUAAGCAAUACAGGGCAAAUGUACAACAGCGACGUACACGCUACGAAAUAUUUGCACCAUUCGUAACCUCGAUUUACCAGAACAGUCCUUCCUGCCAUUAGAGGAUUAUCAUCAAGUCAAACCAUCGUUGCUGUUAGGUUUAGACAAUACGUAUUUAAGCGUGCCGUCUACAACAGUACAAGCUGGCAGCGGAAACCCAGUAGCCAUUAAUACAAAAGGUGGGUUGGAUAGCCUACGGUUCAACCCGAUCGCCAAUUACAACGCCUGUGGUACUACAUAUUCGAGAAAAGAACAACUUGGAAUCGCUACACGAACUAGUUACAGAAUAUUUCGCCGCUGAUAACUUUGGUGUCAACAAUGAGUCAACGAAGCAACUAGAGUCAGAAGACAAUCAACACGCCCGUCAAAGGCUGGAAGCCAACACACGUCGCAUCGGUAAGCGCUUUGAAACCGGUCUGCUGUGGAAAAGUGUUCCACCAGCACUUCCGAACAGCUUUGCUAUGGCUUACAAACGACUGUUGGGUAUUGAGAAGAGAAUGCGCCUAGAUGAAAGUUUUUCCGCCAACUACAAAGAUGAAAUUGCCAAAUAUAUACGAAAUGGUUACGCCUGUCAACUUUCCGCGGACGAAGUGGGUAUGCAUUCAUAUUUUAAUUGGUAUUUGCCUCAUUUUGCAGUUCAGAGCCCCCACAAACCUGGCAAGAUGAGGAUUGUGUUUGAUGCAGCUGCGAAGGUGAAUGGAGUAUCUCUCAAUUGUGAACUACUAAAGGGUCCAGAACAAGCCAAGCCGUUACUAGACAUACUAUUCAGGUUUCGCGAAGGAGCAGUAGCUGUGGCUGCCGACAUACGCGAAAUGUUUUCGCAGGUGGUAGUAAAGCAGCCAGAUCAAUAUGCUCAGAGAUUUUUAUGGCGUGAUGGCGACUCCCAUCAGCCAGUCCAGCACUACGUUAUGAUGUCAAUGGUCUUUGGUGCGGUUUGCUCUCCCUGCAUUGCAGAGUAUGUCAAGAACAAAAACGCCGAGGACUUCCGCUCACAAUAUCCCGACGCAGCUGCAGCAAUUAUUGACAGCCAUUAUGUAGACGACUUCGUAGCCAGCUUUCAGAGCAGCGGAGAGGCAGAGCGCGUUUGCAAAGAGGUUAAAUUCGUCCACGCCGAAGGAGGUUUUCAGCUUCGAUCUUUCGUAUCCAAUAUCAAAGAACUUGAAAUCAGCUUGAAUACCGACGCCGAAGCCGUAUCCCAACAAGUAAAUUUAGAAUGCCAAAGUAAUUGCGAAAAGGUGUUGGGAAUGUAUUGGAAUACCCCGACUGAUUCGUUUGAGUUCAAGUUCAAAUUUCAUCGCAUUCCAAAGCCAGUACUAGAAGGUGUACGCGUACCUACGAAACGCGAUCUUUUGAGCAUCGUAAUGUCAGUUUUUGAUCCGUUCGGUAUUCUUGCCGAUUUCCUGUUAUUCGGCAAGAUACUGAUUCAAGAGGUGUGGAAGAGUUGCAUCGAAUGGGACGAAAUAUUGCCAUACCAACUUCAACAUAAAUGGUUUGCUUGGUGGGGUGAAUUUAAACGUAUCAACGAGGUCAAGGUGAACCGCUACUACUCACCACUACUGCAGUCGCCAACAUCUGUUCAGCUUCACAUAAUUGUAGACGCCAGUCAAGUUGCAUUUGCCGCAGCUGGGUAUUUUCGUAUUGCUAGCGCACAAAAUGUCGACGUUGCCUUUAUUGCCGGUAAAACCAGGUGUGCACCUCAGAAGCUCGUCUCGGUGCCCAGACUGGAAUUGCAAGCUGGUGUACUGGGUGUUCGACUUGCCAAAGUCAUUAAUCAAGGUCAUAGUAUUCAACCAGAAGAAGUCACGUUCUGGACAGAUUCGCAAACGCUGUUACAAUGGGUGAAUUCAAGAGAGAGAAAGUUUAAGCCAUACGUUGGUCAUCGUAUAAUAUAAAUUUUGUCAUCGUCGAAUCCUUCUCAAUGGCGCUGGGUACCUACAGAUCAAAACACGACCGACAUCGCUACUCGUCCAAAAUGACCACCUAAAGCCGAGAAAUACAGCCCAUGGUUAAGAGGUCCGGAUUUCCUGCGGGAUCCAGCCGAGCAUUGGCCACCUACGCUUUGCAGCCCCAAGGCAGUUCAGCUUGAGGAGGAAGUGCAGCCGUGUCUUGUUGCACAUGCGGAGGUAAAAGAUUCAUUAUUACAGUUUAAUCGAUUUUCUUCUUUCUUCAAGUUGAGACGGGUGAUGGCAAUGGUUUAUCAAGCCGUAAACAAGUUUCUACGUCGUGGGCACGAAAACAACAACGCCUCAGC